AUGCUAUGCAGACCUGCCUGCAACUCAGCAACUGGGAAGCAGACUUCAAGCAAAGAUUCAACGCUAUGUGCCUACGGUAUUGGAGCGACUAGGAGAAGUGGCGAAAGCUACCUACAAUGCCUGCACCCGUGGCGCAACCCCCGGAAAGAGUUCCGGCUCGAUGCCUCACUCCCGAACAGAAGAUUCAGUGGGUCUGUCGCACCACCUGUGGUCCGCGCUCUGGGCUGCGACACCGUCGACCGAGAAAUCGACACCCCUCUCCAAAGACAGCGAAGGUGGUUCAUGGACACGAGGAAAUGGGCCCUGAUAACACCCAAUGCUGUUACUCUGAUGCGGCUUGGCGCGGAGACGCGAGAGGAGACAAGAUACUGCUGCACAAGCCUGACCGCCAUGGACAUAGGCUGA